AUGGAAGACGGGAGCUGGGAGGAGAAGAUCAACGAGGUCGCAAGGGAGAGAGGACACAAGAACUGCGAUGUGAUCAAUGUUAGCAGGGAGGAGCUGGGCGAGGCGUAUGAAGGGAAGUUGAAGAUUUUCUUCGAGGAGCAUAUGCAUGAAGACGAAGAAAUUCGCUACAUCCUGUCCGGCUCGGGGUUCUUCGACCUGCCCGAGCACAGCGGGCCGGACGAGGAGUGGAUUCGCGUGCACGUCACGCCUGGAGAUCUGCUUGUUGUGCCGGCGGAGAUAUAUAAUCGGUUCACGCCGGACGAGGGGGAUAGGACUAAGACUAUGCGGCUGUUCAAUGAGGAGCCGAAGUGGACGCAUAACCGAAGCCAGGAAACAGACCAGAACCCGUUUAGGGUUGGAUAUCUCGGGUCGCUCAAGGGCGGUGCUAUAUCCGUUGCUUGA